GGCACAAAUUAGGACUACCAUUGCAGGCGAAAUAGGGCGAAGCUUUAGGACCCUCAGUGUAAACCUCCGGUAUUCUCAUUUUGGGUCAAUUAUUCAGCUGGUUACAAAACCAGCAGGUGGGCAGAGAGAGAUUAUAUUUGAUAAAGAAGUAUUUUGUAAUAAAAACUGAAAGAAGACAACAUGGACAGGACCGUCAGCCUCCCCAGUCAGCCCGACAAAACCACCACAGUGACUCUGGUUGAGAGCAGCAGCACCCCCAGCGGGCUGGAACUGGUCAGCUCCUACCAGACCACCAGAGUGGGGGACCCCAUGGACCUGGUGGCCCUGGCAACCCAAGUGCAAAGGGGAGAUGACUUCAUUAAAGCCAACGCUUGCAACAAACUGACAGUCAUUGCCGACCAGAUCAGAUACUUACGGGAGCAGGCCAGAAAGGUUUUAGAAGAUGCUAAAAGAGAUGCGGACCUCCACCAUGCUGCCUGCAACAUCGUGAAGAAACCCGGCAACAUGUACUACCUCUACCAGCGGCCAUCUACACAGAAAUACUUCUCCAUCAUCUCUCCUAAGGAAUGGGGCCCAAGUUGCCCUCACACGUUUGUUGGUGCAUUCAAACUGCAACACGACAUGUCCUGGACUCCCAUAGACGAGGUGGAGAAGAGGGACGCAGAGGUGGCCAUUAUGGACAAACUUCUGAGCCAGCAGGCCGCCUUACCACUUCACACAGAACCCAACUUCAUGGGCCUCUCCGAUUAACCGACCGCUCAACUGGACUGACAUUUUAAAAGGACACAUGGUGGAUGCUAGCUGUAGUCCUAAGGGACAUUUGGACAG